AUGGAUUCUAAUUUGCAAAAUCUCAUAAAGAAUUAUGCUCCUUUGUCUGAUUUCUGCCCAGACCCAAAUUAUUAAUUUGAAGAGUUUAAAGAUAAAUUGUUCCAGCCAUUCAGCAGAUAAGAAAAAAUAAGUAAAUGUUGUGACUUUUCAAAAUAAACAUAAGUGCAAAAGGAUUUGGAAGAUGAAUAUGAGACAGUGGGAUAGAAAGUAAUCAAAAAGCCUGUGCAAAAAAAGAUUGCUUUUGUCCCUUAGUAAUAAUAACAAGUUGUGUAUCAAUCGUAUUAUUAAACCGGAAAGAAGAGCAAGAUGUCAUAGGCUGCAAAGAGAGUGAUUGUUUAUAAGAAAUGCAGAUUCAAGGACUCAAUCUCAAUUAAGACUGAUUGGAUUAGUAUUCAUGAGACAUAAAAGUAAAAUAUUGAGAAGGUUUAAUAUUCAUUGAUUGACAUCAAAGAGAUCCAGAGCAUAGGAACAAUAAAAAAAUAUAACAAAGAAUUCGAUAAAGUGAGACCAAAUUAUGAGAAAAAGAUUUCCAUUAUAGGAGGAGAAGUUAUAUCAGGAUCUGUAUAGGACGACAAAUAUUUUAAACAACUCAUAGCAGAAAGGUAAGGAACAGAAGAGAUACCAACUAUCUACACAACUGACAAAUUGUUAUUUGCAGUUUAAACACUCAAGUAUUCAAUUUACCCUUGGGAUAUUUUGGUAACUAAGAAAGGUAAUUCUUAUAUCUUUGACAAAUGUCCUUAAAACAGAAGCGAAUUGACAUAUUUGGAAUUGCAAACCAUAAAUGAAAAUAUUACAGUUGACAUGCCUGAAGACGAGAAGACAGUAAGAAAUUACUGCGAGGAAAGCACAAUUGCCUAGUUGAGUUGGUAAUUGUUAAGUACCUACAAUCAACCAGUGCUCUUUUCAAAUUCAUUACAAAAUGAUGAAGAGACAGAACAAAACGAUUAAGCUGAAAAAUAUCUUUUUUCUGAAGAUCUUUGCUUCAAAUAUUUGGAAGUGUCAGUAAAGGAUAGAAUCGAGAAAGCAGCUAAAGGAGAAGAAGUGAGAGCCGGAUAAGAAAGAUUUAAAGUGGUGGUGAGAACUACAGUUGAAGCUGAAAACAAUGAUGGACAACCAGUGUUGGUGAAAUCAUUGAAUGAAUGUGAGACACCUCCCGACUGGAAGAAAUCAUUAUUAUCUUAAGCUGGUAUUACUACUAAGUAAGUGUUUAUCUAAAUAAAAUAGUACCGCUUAGGUGUAUAAUACCAACAAUAUUGCCAAGUGGUUGUGUUAGGCAUAAUUAUUAGAGUGUGAAGAGAUCAAGGUUGGUUAUUUGGCUAGAUAAAACUAAAAGGAUCAAGACAAACACUCUUUAUUGCUGGUGGAAACAUUCACAUAAAGAGAUUUGGCUGCCAUCAUUAACUUUAAAUCUGUUGAGAUUUGGCAAAGUGUGAGAUAUUUGGUUGAUUAUCUGAAGACUUAAGAGGAUGGAGUGUAUGUUCUCUUAAAACAAGCUUAUAAAUAAUCAGUUAGAAUAUUCAAUGUUAGAGACAAUGACGAAUUGCAGGAAGAUGACUAGGAUUCAUUAUGA